UUCUUUCCCUUUGUGAUGAACCUAAACUGAGGUCUAUUGUUACAUUUGUUUCUGAGUUAUGAAUAAUUGUAAAAAAGUUUAAAUGUCCAUAGGACGGAAUUUUCAGGAGUGAGAAUUUGGCGGCCCGAGGCGAAGCCGCGGACUUGAAAUUAACUUUCGAGUUUUCAAGUGUUAUUUUUUCAUUUUUUUAAAUGUCUCUGAGUUCUAGGGGUUCAUUCAGAAUUCUCGAUAAAGUGUUAGGAUAUUCUAAUGGGAAAAUCAUGCGAAUCUGAAUUUUUGACGUGAAUACGUUCAUGUUUUUUUUCAUUAUGGAGGGAAUUAGGGAAAAGUCCUUAUAGUUCCUUAUCGGCAGUUGCGCCAUCUAUCCGAAUUGUUGGACAUUCUAGAAUGUGAUAGCUAAUUAAAAAACCUAGAAUUGAUUUAAUUUUUUUUCUGGAAUCCCUUCAAUCAAAAUAACACAUUGUUCCCUUAUUUAUUUAUUGAUUCGCAUAAAAAUUCUCGCAAUUCACUUUGUUGAUGAUAAUUCAGGGAUUUAUUUUACUGACAGAGUAAAUUGUGUUGAUAAGAAAAUGACCUUCGACAGUAAAAAAUUCAUCGCGGAAGCAAUUGUGAAUCGUGUGUGUCACAGUGUACAGUGACGUUGUUGCCAGUUAUUAUUCCCUCUUGAAUUCGUUGGAGCUCUCCCAAAGGUCCAAUUGUUUUCGAGGAUUUAGGCACAUAUCAAUAACAAUGGAUCCAGAAGUACUGACGACAUUGAAACUCCUCAUGAUUGGAGAAUCCAAUGUGGGGAAGUCCAGUAUUUUGUUGAGAUUUACUGAGGAUGAGUUUUACGAGAAUAUGCAGAGCACUGUGGGAAUGGACUACAAAACUAAACAAAUAUCACUUGAUGGAGAUACAGUGAAAUUAGCUAUUUGGGAUACAGCAGGCCAAGAACGUUUCCGAACACUGACCCCGAGCUACUACCGCGAUGGCCAAGGUGCUAUAUUGGUCUACGAUGUAACAGACAGAAACACAUUUAUAAAGCUAGAAACGUGGCUAGAGGAGUUGAACACAUACUGCAAUAAAAUUGAUAUAGUUAAAAUGGUAGUUGGAAAUAAAAUUGACCUGCCAAACAGAGAAGUCUCGAUAGAGGAGGGUCUGACGUUUGCCAGGAGACAUCAGACGUUGUACAUCGAGAGCAGUGCGAAAACUGAUGAUGGAGUCAAGUGUUGCUUUGAGGAGCUUGUACAAAAGAUAAUUCAAACCCCUGGAUUAUGGGAGCACACUCGUUCGAGAACAAUGCACAGCCCUGGGGGCAAUGGACCAAGACAGCGCCCCGGAAAACGAGGUCUUCAGUUAACAGACGACUACGUGCCCCAAGACCCAGCGUCAAACUGCUACUGCAGUCUCCUGUAAUCCAAAAUGAUCCAAAACCCUCACGCAAUUGAUUUCUACAUAAAUGCUACUAUUUAUUUCGUAUAUUGUACAUAAGUUACUGGAAUUGAUACAAAAUUAGCAUUUUCGCCGCACUUUUUUCAUAAUAAAAGUUGAAACAGA